GCAACACUACACAAGGAAACUGCACCGCAGACACACAUACACACGCCUUCAUUUUAUGUUUUGAAUAACAGCCUGGUGACGAGUGUCCUCUCAAAAGUGUUACACUGCAACAUUGCUGAACUGAAGUGGCGGGAAAGAAAGACGACAGUCUUUGGAGCAGUUUUAGGUCAAACCGUUUCCCGACGAUUAUCACGAAAUGGCUUCAGAGCCACCCUCAUCUCCUCAGGUGAUGGAGGAGGGUGCAGAUGAAGAAGAUGAGGAGUUGAGUGGGGCAGAAGAUGCAGAUUUGAGGGCCUCCUCUGGGAGGGGUUCCCUCCUGACCAGGAGAGGCAUUACAUUAAGAGUCCUCUUAAAGGAUGGUCUUGUGGAGCCCGGAGACGGCGCUCUGUCCAUUCACUAUCUGGGUAAAAAGUUUGUUGGAGACCUUUUAAAUGAUGGGAAGAUCCGUUGGGUGGAGACAGGGCAGAUCUUUAACUCUCCAAGCGCCUGGGCCACACACUGUAAACGCCUGGUCAACCCAGCCAAGAAAUCUGGCUGUGGCUGGGCCUCAGUGCGGUACCGAGGCCAGAAACUGGUGCAGUACAAAACCACCUGGCUCCACAAGUACCAACCUAGUGCUGACAUGAGCCUGAUAAGUGAGGGAGAGGAUGAUGAAAUGGGAGAGGAUGAUGAAGAGGAGGGAAAAACAGCCAUACCAGUGGAGGAAAAGAAUAAAAAGUCCAAACCAGAGCUGCACGACAUUAUGGUGCAGAGAAGAGACAAAGAGAGAAUUCCAGUCAGGUAUUGCACUCUUGGCACCAGAGAUGCUGCCAGGGAUCCUCAUACUCUCGUAGAGUUGUCUGCUUUCUCUGCCAUCAACCGCUUCCAGCCUUUUAACGUAGCUGUUUCCAGCAAUGUUCUCCUGCUAAUGGAUUUCCACUGUCACCUGACCACAAGUGAGGUGGUGGGGUAUUUAGGGGGCCGAUGGGACACUAACACUCAGUUGCUGACAGUCUUGCGGGCAUUCCCUUGCCGUAUAAGGUUGGCUGAUAAAGAUGCUGCUCCAUCUGUUGAAGAAGAGAUAUGUCAAAAUCUCUUCAUGAGGGGGCUUUCAUUGGUGGGAUGGUAUCACAGUCAUCCACGAGGCCCCGCCCUACCAUCCCUACAGGACAUUGAUUCGCAGAUGGAUCACCAACUCCGCCUACAAGGGAGCAGUAAUGGCUUCCAGCCCUGUCUGGGAAUUAUCUGUGGACCCUAUUACCAUGGCAACCAAGGUGUGGCCUCCACCAUCACACCAUUCUGGGUCGUUCCUCCUGCAGAGCAAAGGCCCAAUGACUACGGUAUCCCAGUAGCUGUAGAGGUCACAUAUGUGCAAGACAACUUCCUCACUACAGACGUACUUAACGAAAUGAUGCUAAUAGUGGAGUUUUAUAGGUCUGCUCCAGACCUGGUACAGUUCAGUCAGAUGUGGAGUCCUAAUACCUCAAUACUCGACAAAAUCAAGGCUUCUCUGAGUGGCCACGCACCCAAAGACCAGGCGUAUGUGCAGAUCCUGGAGCAUGUGUACAACCAACUGCGCAACACACAGUGACUGGAGCGAUGUGUGUGUUUGUGUCGAGCUGUUAGAACUGUUCCGUUUGUCAGUCAGUGCUGACUUAGGACCUUUCACCCUGUGCAUUACUGUCCAUGCACUGUUAUACUGUAUAUGAAAUGCCUUCAUGGAAGAUAUACCAUAUAUGGUUCUGUCCAAACUGUUGCCUUUAGGACUGUUAGAUCUGUAUAACUGGCUUUUAGUUUAUGCGGUUCUGCCAUACCUGUGCUGUGAUCUUGUCUUCCUCUGUGGUAGAAAAGUCUGGUGGCUAGUUAGGAAAAAGAAGACAGGUAAAUGAGUCUCUCUCUCUUUGCUGGUAUUUAUCUGUUUAUGUGGUUAGAUUUGUGCCAUGUUGACUACGCGAUAUGGGAACAAUGCCUUUUACCUGCUGAAUACCUUAAAAUAUACACUGGAACUCA